AUGACAUUGAACAUUUUACAAAUGUUGAAGAACUUUCAGAUCAGUAGAGGAAAUAAAUGUGUUAUCCGCAAAAAGGUUAAAAUGGAAGAACAUGGAGAAGACUAUGCUAUUGAAAAUAUAACAUUUAUUUUUGAUAACGAAAGCAGAGCUUGCCCAAACAGUACAUUUAUCAAUGCCACCCAGAACAGAGAUUAUUACAUAUUCAACAGAUGGGACACAAGAGUGAGUCUAGUGAUCUCUUACACGCUGGUAUUCUGCUGUUGCUUCUUCGGGAAUCUUCUUGUUAUAACGGUUGUCAUAUUGCACCGGAGAAUGAGGACAAUAACUAACUUUUUCUUGACUAAUCUGGCAGUGGCUGAUAUGUGCGUGAGCCUCUUCUGCGUGUACCAGAAUUUAUCGUUUUACCUUACAAAUCACUGGUCUUUUGGAGAUUUCUUCUGCAAGAUGUACCACUUCGUUCACAGUUUGAGCUGCACUGCAUCAAUAAUAACUCUUAUUGUCAUGUCAGCCGAACGCUAUGUUGCUAUUUGCCACCCCAUGGUCAGCAAACAGUUGAUGACUCUGAAGCGUUUGCGCAAAGUUUGCAUUAGCGUGUGGCUCGCAAGUGCAGCUUACUGCAGCCCACGUCUAGUAAUGUAUGGAACGAUCGAAGUGCCCUCAGAUAAUGGAAACACGGAAAUUAUUUGCGUCUUAAAGAGAUCUUUCUACGACACCAAGACCUACGAUAUUACAAACUUUAUUGUGUGUUUUUUCAUUCCUCUUCUUAUAAUGACCGUCUUGUACUUUCUAAUAUGUUUGCGCCUGUGGCGAAGCAAUCAGGUUUCGAGGCAUAACUGUGCAACUGCAUAUUCGUCUAGAGCAACAUUUUCGCUCGGAAAUCGCGCUCAUUCUUUGAGCCAUAUUGACAAUUUGCAUACCGUGACUAACUGCUAACUACAUCCGAUUAGAACUUGCCAUGGAGCAAAAAAUUAUGUUCUUAAAUCUCGGAGGAAAGUCAUUCGUCUCUUGGUAACAGUAGUGUUAACAUUCGCAUUUUGCAAUCUGCCUUUCCAUGCGAGAAAAUUCUGGCAGAAUUGGUCUCCUGGAUAUGAUGGAACAAGUAGCUCUUCAAUUAUAUUGACAAUUACAACUACUUUGAUAUUGUACAUGAAUUCAGCCAUUAAUCCAUUUCUUUAUGCCCUCAUGUCUGAGAAUUUCCGCGAAUCCAUGACCGAUGUAGUUCUUUGCAGGUCAAACCGACUUCACAACUCAAGGACGGCAACUCGUUUGUUAGUAAGAGAUGAGCCUCAAUCCGCGACGAUUCGCAGCAUUAGUUUUUCUCAAGAAGAAGCUGUAAGAAAUUGA